AUGAACCAUUCCCUGUGGCUCAAGGCGGAGGAGAUGGUGUCCUGCUACUACGAGCAGCUGUACCAGACAACACUCCUCCAGCUGUCCCUCGUGCCCGUGGCCCUGCUGUAUCAGAGGCUGGUGGUCAGGCGGCGCAUCUCGAUCCAGCUAAGAGGUCACGAAAACCUGCUCAUGGGCCAUGCUCCCGACGGCUCGUGCUCACGCCCAGGUGAGUCGCUGAGAGGCCAGCUCAUCUUGCCCUUGCGAUGCUGGACUCCGCUGCUCUCUCUCCCUGCCUGCAGGUAUUUGCUGCUGCUCGCCGGGGGCCUGGCCGUGCUGCUCGCCUCCUUCGGAGCCUCCGCGUCCCUCGUGCUCCUCCCGGCCGCCGGCUCCGUGGCGCUGACGCGCUGCGUGCCACCAGCAGUCCUCUUUCGCCGCACGCUGAGCGGUUUGUUGAAUGCGGCCAUGCUGUGCGUGCUGUCCUGCAGGCACGCCCUGGUCAUGCCCAGCCUGAUGCUGCUCACGCAGCGGGUCACGUCCCUCGCUCUCGACGUCCAAGAGCGCCGGACCCUGCGCCACGGAGGCCACCCCGCGGCUCUCCAGCACCUCGCCUACCUCCUCUACUUCCCCGUCAUCCUGGGCGGCCCGCACUGCUCCUUUUGCGACUUUGUGGAUUACGUGGAAGGCGCCGAUUCCGAUGUAAACCGCGACCUGAAUCCGAGCCGCUGCGUGUGCAAGAAACUCGCCGCGUUCUUCCCCCUGGACGCGCUCAGGGGGUGGCUCCUGGCGCGCUGCUUGUGCCACUGGGAGCCCGCCUUUCGCGACGAACGCGACUUCAUGCUGAGGACGUCCUUCCUGCAGAGAAUGUGGCUGCUGUGGGAAACAGCCCUGGCCAUCAGGCUGUGCUACUACACCCAGUGGCUCCUGGGGGAGUCCCUGACCGUCGCCGCGGGCCUGGGCUACAGGAGGAGGCGGCGCGCCGACGACGACGACGACGCCGGUCCGGGCGUGGGGCCGCCCGGCGGCAGCGCGGCCGCCGCGUGGGGCGGGCCGCUGGCACGGAGGCCGCGGGGACUCGAGGGGGAGACGGCGGCCCGUCCGAGAGGAGACGCGGCGGACGCCGCGGGGGGCGGCGGCGGCGGCCAGUGGGACGAGCUGUGGGACCUGGACGCGUGCGCCCUGGAGGGCGCGUGCCGCAUGUCCGCCCUGGCACGCACGUGGAACCGCACGGCCGCGCUGUGGCUGCGCCGCGUGGCCUUCGCGCGCUCGCCCCGCCACCCGCUGGCCGCCACCUUCGCCUUCUCGGCGCUGUGGCACGGCCUGCACCCGGGCCACUGCGCGGCCAUGGCCGUGUGGGCGCUCGGCGUGGAGGCCGAUCGGCGCGUGCGGGCCGCGCUGGCGCCGCGCUGGCGCCGCUCUUGGCCGUGCCGCGCGGCCGCGUGGCUCUGGACGCAGGCGACGUUCGCGUUCGUGCUGCUGCUCGCAGAGUUCCGGGGGCAGCGCGGGGGACUCGUGCUCGUCACGCGCUGCACGCACGGCCUCGUCCCCCUGCUGCUCUGCCUCCUCGCGGUGCUGCUCGUCCCCAGGCAAACAGCGCCGUCAACGCUCCCGGAGGAAGCAGCGGCAGCGGCCGCGGCGGUAGCCGGAGCCCAUGCGCUCCGUUCCACGAUUGCAGCCGUGUAA